GGUACACGGUAGUGACUUGGUUUAUCUGGCUUUUCAUCCAUCUUAUACGUGUUUUGGUGAUAUAAGUGUAGGUGAUGUACCAACCAACUGUUAGUAACUAGGUGACAGGCAUGUUACAGUGGUCGUAAAAAUAAGUGUGUAGUGUGUACAUCAACGGAUGUGAUCAAUGUUUUUAAGAGGUGGAUUAACCAACCCGUGUUACAUGUAGAAUACAGCAGUAUCCCAAUAUUUACCCACAUUUUAUGAAUCAAACAAGUGACAUUUUUCCUUGGAUAGUUUAAACACAAAACGUUACAAUGACAACAAUGGCUUUAGAUUUAAAAGUAAUAUUGGAUACCCUAUUUGACCAGCGCAAUGAAGAAACAGGAGAAAGGACAAACUGUUGCCAAACCAGGUGUGCCUGCUUCUAGUACGUCUGCAACAAUGGGAGUCAAACAUUCCAAGUCAGAACACUCAGGUUUGAGCAGCCAGGGUUCGGCCAAGUCCCGUCCCCUUAGCAAGGCCUACCUGAGUAAAAGUCAUGAGAAUCUCUCUAGUCACCAGAAGAAGAAAUUAUCUACAGUAAUGGAGCAACCCAGUGCUAAACCAAAGAGUGGCGCCAAAUCUUCAGAAUCGACCAAAUCUGUCGAUAAAAAUAAGGAAAAUGUAGCUUUAAAAGAAAAGGAGAAAAAUUCUGGAUCUGUCCGUGCCAAGCCAAAUAAACCAACCUCAUUAGCAACAACUUCUACUAUACGUAAAGCUUCCAGUACGCAAUCUAUAGAUAAAACCAGUAUUAGUUCAGCCAGUAGUGUUAGUGGUUCCUUAUCUAAAACACAGUCCACAAAUAAUGGUCAAAAAUCCCUAUCAAUAAAGCGUGCACAAAGUACUCAAAAUGUCAGCAAAGAUAAACUCACAAGAAAACGUACGUCAGCACCAGCAGACGUAAUGGCUUAUAAUGCUGAAUUGCUGGCAAAUUUUGAAAAAGAUAAGAAAAUUCAGGAGACUAGAAUAUCGGAAUUGAUCCAGAAAGCCGAAGGUCGAAAAGCCGAAAUAGAGAAGUUAAAAUAUGAAAAUAAAAGACUGAAAGAUCAAAUUCCUUCUAUCGACACCAAAGAAGAAUUGGACUUUUUACGCAAUCAAAACAAGAAUUUGUUAGAUAGACUUAAAGAGUUGGGUAUACCCGUGGAACAAAUAACUGAUGCUGAAAAAAUUUCGAUGUUAAAAAAGAGUGUGAAUGUUAGUAAAAACAAUAAAUCAGGGGAAGCUACUCCUGAUAGUAAUAUUCCUAAUAGCGCUAGUUGUGACAGUUUAUCCACUGAUGGGGCUAAAGGACCCCCUGUUUCUUCUGGUGUGAAAUCAAUUGAAAGAUCAGCUUCUGUUUCUGCAUCCGAACCUGGACUUUCCUUAGCUGAUUUGUGCGGUACUCCAGACCACCCUUCUAUUUUGUCUCUUGACCAAUCAAAUUGGGAGAAACAAAGUAAUAAAAGUGGCCAAAGCGAUGGUCUUAGUGAAAUAUCUGUGGCAUGUCUAACAGAACGCAUCAUUCUUAUGGAAGAAACUAAUUAUAGCACAACAGAGGAAUUGCAAGCUACACUUCAGGAACUUGGAGAUCUUCAAGAUGCAGUAAAUGAGUUAACAGAAGAAAAUGAAAGACUAGCAGAUGAAAAAGCUGUUUUACUUGAAUCUCUCUGUACACAAACUGAAAAACUAGAAAAUACACGUAUACAAGUAGAACAGCUAAAAUCCCUACUUCUCAGCGGUAAUUUACCAGACAUAUCUAAGCGUGAAGAGCUUCUUAUAGAUUCCUUAAAAAGCGCACAAGAGGAACGAGAAGAACUUAUGAUGAAAUUAACUGAACAUGCGAAUACACUUCACACCGUUGAAAAUGAAUUUAAGGAAGUAUACGAUGUAAACGAAGCUUUACGUGACAAAUCUUUACUUCUGGAAGAUAAAAUUGUUGGAAUAAAAUCGGAGAAAGAUUUAUUAGAACAACAUGGUGCCGAAAUGCGUGAAAUAGUGUCCACAGAUCAAAUCGAAAUCAAACGAUUGAGAACACUUCUGGAAAAUGAAAAGGCAAAAGUCUCAGAACUUGAACAGUUUCAUAAAGCGACCGAUAAAUCUGAUCUUGAAACUUUGAUGGACAAUGCUCGACAGGAAAAAGACAAAGCUGAAGAGAAAUUAGCAAACGUUCAAGAUGCUUUAGCCCACAGCGAGUGUGAAGUUAAAAAACUCAAAGAACAUCUCCAAACUAAAGAAGAAGAGAUGAAAGUUGUUAAAAAUAACUCCAAGAUGCAAGUGAGCGACCUGGAAUAUAAAGUCUCCAAUUUGGAGAAAGGGCGAAAUGAUCUCCAACAAGAAGUUGAAGCUCUGCGAGAUCACAUCGAUCAAUUAGAAAUUGAUUGUAACCGUUACCAAGAUGAGGAAAAAUAUCAUGGAACCACUAUACAGGAACUUCAGAAAGAGCUGAGUCAGGUCAAACAGAGAAAUGAUACACUUGUUAAUGAAUUGCAUGAAGCCAAAAAUGUUCAUGCAACUGAUGAAGAAGAGUGGAAACAGUUCCAGAAAGACCUUCAAGUCGCAGUCGUCAUCGCCAACGACUUCAGAUCUGAAACACAGGAAACUAUGGAAGAAUUAAGGAAUCAGAACUCUAUGUUAAAGGACAAAGUAAGACAUUUAGAAAGUAUUGUGGAUAAAUUAAGAGCUGAUUUAGAUCUAGCUACAAUACAGAAAUAUUCUACAGAAUCAAAAAUGUCUAAAUCUAUUUUAACUAAUGCUGAACUUAAAGGCAAAGUAUUGUGUUCAGUCGAUCGCGAACUUUCGGUUUUACGAGACGUGCGUCGAAUUGACCCUAAAAAUCAAAGUUUAUCAGUUAAAAGUUUGAUUCGUUCUAUUGAAACCCAAGUGAAGAGUGGUUGUUCUUCUAUUCAUUCUAGUCACGGUAGUUCACGGAGAAACUCCGACUCCAAUGACAGUUUAUUCAGUAUUCAGGAUUAUAUCAAGUCCCCUACAUCACCAACAAAAGAUAGUCCCUUAAGUCCCCCAUGUGAAACUCAUUUGAAAUCAGCCCUGAAAAAGGCUAAUGAUAAACCUUCUCAAAGACAUUCAUUUGUGGAUCUACAUCGAUCGCCUAGUGACCAACCUAAAAGUAUGCCACCUUUUGUACGAUCUGAUAGUGAACAUUGUAAAGUAUCUCCUACUAUUAGUUCCAUACUACAGAAUAGACAAGAUAGAAGUACACCUCGACGUAACAGUGGUACCAGCAAUGUUGAUACAGAUAAAAAAGAUACAAGUGGUAAAGAUCCAUUGUCCUAUCUAGCUAAACAGAUGGGUGGUUCCAAGAGAAAUGCUUUACUUAAAUGGUGUCAACAAAAAACGCUUAGUUAUAAGGGUGUGGAUAUAACUAAUUUUAGCAGUAGUUGGAAUGAUGGUUUAGCUUUCUGUGCUAUAUUACAUAAUUAUUUACCACAUAAGAUACCUUAUAAUGAUCUAGAUGCUGAAGACAAGAGAAAGAAUUUUACCUUAGCAUUUAAUGCUGGAGAAGAAGAAGGAAUUCCAAAAACGCUGUGUAUAAAUGAUAUGGUUGCUAUGGAAAGACCUGAUUGGCAAGCUGUUAUGUGUUAUGUUACAGCAAUAUAUAAACAUUUCGAAAUGGAUACAAAAUAAAUCCAAAGUAGUGCUUUCUUUGAAGAAGACUUUUAUAAACUAUAUCAGUGUGUGCUUUGGUAUUAUUUAUAUUGAGGCUUCCAGCAGGUGAUAUCAUUACCAGUAAUUUGUGUUUAACACUUUAAAGAUCAAAACUAUCCAUGAUUUUAUUUAAGUGCAAUGCCUAUGUGUAAGUGUUUGUGACUUCUACAAAAUGAAACUGAUUUUCAAUACCAACCCUUAAGUGCUACUGCCAGUUUCAAAAUUUGAGGUCAUUAUUCUAAUGAAUUAUAGAUUCGUAUUAUCAGAAAUAUUUCCUACUGGUUAAUCUUGUUAAUACAUGAAAUAGAAUUGUAUUUUCUAUUGAAACACGAUGGACAUUAAAAUUGCAGAUAUAAUUUAGUAUCAUUAAUGACACAAUCUAAUAAUAUAUUUGUUUUUAAUUGGUCAAGGCUUUCUGUCUCCUACUCAGUUCAAUAUUAUUUUUACUUUUUCUUUGAAAAAAUGGCAUUUAUUUUCACUUUGUGUGUGAGAUUCGCUUUUUAUUAUACUCUUGUAUUUAGGCAGGGGAUUAAAUAGGUUGGGGCUUCUGGAAUAAUAAUAAUAAUAAUAUGGUUGUCUAAAUUGGGGCACAAGUUUUUUCAAGUCCCUUUCUAAAAUGUUACCUUGCUUGCUUGGAAUAUUUUGACUUCACUCAUAUGUUUGGGGCAAAAUUUGACGGAGUGCUAGUUUUGAGAAUGAUGUUGAUGUGACUUCCAUAGGGUUUCCACUCUUCAUUCGCAGAAUAGUCUGCAUUGAGGAGAUUUUUUGCUUUUGAGAGGGGUUCUGGAUUGAAUUAAAGUCAUAGAGUUCAAUAUUCUGAAUGUACAUCUCCUUGUUACGUUAGGAAUUUUGUUUUGUUUAUGCUCAAAUGUUGAGUUUAGUAUUUCUAGUCAUCUAGACCUGUAUAGUAUUUUUAUCAUAUUUCUUGAAUCUCAAAUAUCUUCUUCCAGUCAUCUAUGAUUGGUAUUCUCCUUUCUUUAUUUCUUUCAUUCAAACUUGAAUCUUUAGUGUAGAGGUUGUGGCACAUUGUCAUUGAUUUAUAUGAAAUAUAACUUCAUAAGUUCAUUAAUUCAAAUAUCCAAUUUGAUUAAAUUACAUUUUUUUCCCUAAUGAUUUUUAUAAAUUUCAAAUAGUCAUAAUAUAACCCAAAACCCAUCAGUAUCACUAUUAAAUUUACAUGGAUUUUGAACUUUGCCACCAGACAAUUUGAUUUGUUGAAAAGAUAACAUGAUCUGAAUAUACAUGUAUAGUCAACAAGAAUAAAAUGAAACAUAAUUCAUAUUAGAUUUUAAUCAGAUUGUGCCAAUAUCUAGUGUAUUGUGGUCAAUUUGGGCUUAUAAAUUAAUACACGUCUUUUCUUCAGUCAAUUAAGUUUUUUAACCAGUGUCAAUCUGGAGAUUUUUUUAAAAUAUAAAAUAAUUGACAUUACAUUGCUAUUAAAAUUACAAAAAGAUAUAUAUAACAUAAGUUUAUUGUAUAACUGGAAAUAUAAACCACAAAAUGACCUCAAUAAACAGACAUUUCUUUUUUUGACCUUUGCUUUAAUCAUCAUGUGUUGCUGCUUCCAUUAAUUAAAAAGUCCUAUCUC